AUGAUCAAAAAUGAGGAAGUGCAAGAGCAAACAAAAAGGUUACGUUUCAAGUCGAUAUCUAAUAUUCAACAUUCAUCCGCCGAUGUAAGUUUUGAUAAAAGCACGAAGGAAAUGAAAUAUAAAGAUUCAGAAAAACCAGCGUCAUUGUUUGCUUUCUUGCAUGUCGAGCUAACUCGAGGAUAUUUACUAGAACACGAUGAAGAAAGAUUUUCAGCGAGAAGGGAAAAAGUCUACUCCUUUAUAAAGAUUCCUCAAGAGCUAGAAAAGUUUAUGGCAUAUGGAUUUUUUCAAUGUGCAGACUCAUUACUGUUUGUUUAUACAUUUCUCCCAUUGAGAUUUAUAAUGGCAUUCUGGUCUUUUAUCAACCGACUUUUCAGGAAAUGUUUUGGUUUUUCGUCAAAUCCUCGCAAUAGUACAUUGAAACCAGCAGAAACAUGUGAUGUUCUAAAAGGUUUUAUAUUAUUAGUGUGUAGUAUUCUUAUGUGUUACAUAGAUACAAACAUGAUGUACCAUUUAGUAAAGAGUCAAAGUGUUAUGAAGUUAUAUAUUUUCUACAAUAUGUUGGAGGUGGGUGACAGACUAUUCUCGGCUUUUGGACAAGAUACAAUAGAUGCAUUAUUUUGGACAGCUACAGAGCCCCGAGACAGAAGAAGGGAGCACUUGGGAGUUAUACCCCAUUUAUUAUUUGCCAUGAUCUAUGUGUUUCUCCACAGUUUAUUAGUCCUUUUUCAAGCUACAACACUCAAUGUUGCAUUCAACUCCAACAAUAAAAGCCUUUUGAUUAUUAUGAUGUCAAAUAAUUUUGUCGAAUUAAAAGGCAGUGUAUUCAAAAAAUUUGACAAAAACAAUCUGUUUCAAGUAUCAUGUAGCGACGUGAGGGAGCGCCUGCAUCUUUCUGUGUUACUUUUCAUAGUGGUUCUGCAGACUAUGAAGGAAUACAUGUGGAGAGAAGAACGGUUUUGGAUACUUGCACCAGACUGUGUGCUGGUCCUCACUUUUGAGGUGAUCAUUGACUGGGUCAAGCAUGCCUUCAUAACCAGGUUCAAUGAGAUACCCUAUGGCGUAUAUAGGGAAUACACAGUGAGCUUGGCGUAUGACGUCGCUCAGACUAGACAGAAGUAUGCGUUCAGUGAUCAUUCGGAUCUAGUAGCGCGCCGUAUGGGGUUCAUACCUUUACCUCUUGGAGUUGUGAUUACCAGAGUAUUAGUUCAUGCUGUAAAGGUUGAUGGAUUCGCCGCAAUUUUAUUGAUAAUCAUUGCAUAUCUAUGUCUAAUAACAGUACGUAUACUUGUUUCAAUUGUGAUACUUGGAAAGGCGUGUGACUUAAUAACUCAGCAUCAAAUGGAUAAAAGUGACAGCUACCAUCCCACACCUAAGAAAGAGCAAAAAGAUAUUACUUCGAAGGAAAAUUCGUAUAUUCACAGAACGCCCGAAGCAGAAAUGCCACCUCCAAAGAAACCGGUUCUGUUAAAGUUUACUAUCCCCGAGAAUGUGAUCCUGAACGAGCCAUUGGUGGACGCGUCAGUAGGUGCCGCGGCGAUAUUUUCAAAUAGUGCGAUUGAUUUAAAUGGAGUAUGUUAUCUUAAUGAUAAAAUGAAUGCACAAGCAAAACAGGAAACUGGCGACUUUCUGGAAACAGAAAUGGUGGACGUAAGCAGGAGUGCGCCAGACAUAAAAGCAGCUAGCACGGAGACCCCGCCGGAGGUGAACGAGAGGCCGUUGUCUCCCGACGCGGACGGGCUUAAGCGCCGCUCAGAGUCUGAACCCAAUCUUGUCAAAGUUGAAGAGCAUUACGAAGAAACCACGUAG